GGUGGUGUCAUGAACUAUUCCAUACCCUUCUCAUGUAACUUUUGCCCCCAGAGUUACAAGACUUUGGGACGAAUUCUUUCAGUAUACCCCAAUUUGUUUUGACGUUUGUUUUUUUGCAAUGCCUUCCCAGAUUCCACAAUGGCGAGAGCCAAUUGCCAUUGUAAGCAUGGCUUGUCGUCUCCCAGGCGGAAUCGACAAGCCACUUGACCUAUGGGACCAUGUCCGAGCAGGUCGCUCAUCCGCUACAGCGAUACCCAAAGAUCGAUUCAAUGCUGAGAACUUUCUAUCCAUGGAUCCUAAUCAGAAGGGAGCUCAGGCCUUCAGGGGUGCUCACUUCGUCAAGAGGGACAUUAAGCAGUUUGAUCACAAGUUCUUUGGUAUUAGCAAAGACACUGCAACAGCUAUGGAUCCUCAGCAGAAACAGCUGCUCGAGGUUGUCUAUGAGUGUCUUGAGUCAGCUAACAUCUCUAUGGAAACAAUCUCAAAGUCAAAGAUUGGCUGCUAUUGUGCCAUGUUUGUGAGUGAUUACCACGACAUGCUCAUGCAAGACCCUGAAUAUCUUCCAACCUUUAUCGCUAUUGGAACAACACGAACCAUGCUUGCAAACCGCAUCAGUCAUGCACUCGAUCUUGGUGGACCCAGUGUCACCAUCGAUACUGCCUGUUCGGGUGCCCUGGUGGCACUUCAUCUUGCCUGCCAAGCACUGCAGGCUGGGGAGUGUGACGGCGCUGUGAUUGGUGCAUCUAAUCUGUUCCUGAGUCCUGAUUAUGCUUUGUCUUUGACGCGUCUCGGUGCUAUUGCUGCGGAUGGUCAGUGUAAGACAUUUGAUGCUAGCGCUAAUGGAUAUGGACGUGGUGAAGGAACCAAUGCCGUCUAUGUCAAGAGGCUCAGCGAUGCGAUCAGAGAUGGAGACAGCAUCCGAGCGGUCAUCAGGGGCACUUCAUCUAAUAGUUCUGGUGCCACUCCAGCCAUCACGGAGCCAUCCGGACGAGCUCAGGCAGAUACCAUCUUGCAGGCCUAUGCCCAAGCAGGAAUCAAUGACUUUAGUGAGACAGGGUACUUUGAGUGCCAUGGAACAGGUACACCCGUUGGCGAUUGCAUAGAGCUGGGCGCCGUUGGCUCAGUCUUUUCUGAAAGCCACAAGACCCAAGAUGCACUCUGGGUCGGUUCUACAAAACCAAACGUCGGACAUUCAGAGGCUGCUAGUGGUUUGAGCAGUCUCAUCAAGGUGGUCUUGGCUCUGGAAAAGGGCGAGAUCCCUCCCAACACAAAUUACAAGACACCCAACCCCAAGAUUGACUUUGAUGGAUGGAGAGUUCGUGUUCCAACCGCUCCCCAGCCAUGGCCUUCCAAGUCCAUCCGCCGGGCAAGCGUCAACUCGCUUGGUAUCGGUGGAUCUACUGCACACGCUGUCGUUGAGUUCUACGAACCGCCUCAACUGACCAAUGGUUCAACCAAUGGUGCAAACAGAGUCAAUGGCACUCACAGCAUCAAUGGAACCAACGGCGUCAACGGUGUCAACGACUAUCACGAAGAAGGGGAAAAGUCUAACGACCCCUACUUCCUUCUCUUCACAUCUGGUGCUUCUAAGAGCUCUCGGGAGACGAACGAACAGAACCUCUUGGAGUUUCUCAAGACUCACGAAGAGUGCAAGGGCCUGACUAGUCCUCUUGUCAAAGCUCUAAAUGCACGAAGCCAGAUCAAUAUCCGACCAUGGAAAUCGUUUGCUGUCGCUCAGUCAGUUGACGACCUCAUCCAGCAGCUCGAAACCAACGCACUCAAGGUUGGAACAGGACCUACAAGUGGUGAUUCCCCACGAGUCUUGUUCACAUUCACAGGUCAAGGAGCUAUGUGGUCACAAAUGGGUAAACGUCUCCUCGAUGCAUUCCCUGUGGCGCGCAACAGUUUGUACAAUCUUGAGGAGGUUAUAAGAGAACUUCAGUCAUCCAAGACACCAACUUGGUCGUUGAUAGACAAGCUCACUACUGAGCUCUCUCAAGAGGAGAUUGAUUCGCCAGCUCUCGCGCAUCCCCUCUCCAUGGCGGUCCAGAUCGCGUUAACAGACGUUCUGUCAAGCUGGGGUGUCCUUCCAGAUGGCGUUGUUGGCCAUUCCGGUGGAGAAACAGCCGCUGCCUACGCCUGUGGUGCUCUCACAGCCAAGGAGGCCAUCACAGUGGCUUAUUACCGAGGCAUUGCCUGCCAGAACGCUCCGUCAGGUGCUAUGCUGGCCACUAGGAGCGCACCCAAGGCGAAGGAGCUGCAAGAUGCAUUGGAGCGAAACGAUGUGCAGAUUGCUUGCUUCAACGGCCCUCAGAAUCUCACUCUCGCUGGUUCUGCUGAGGGAGUCAAGAAUGUGGCUGCUGAGCUUAGCACCCAUGGCAUUGUCUCUAGGGCUGUUGCAGUGACUCGAGCCUAUCACACUCGGGCCAUGAAGACAGUUGUGGACGAGUACGUCGGUCAGCUCAAGGGUGUUAUACAACCUAAGACUGGCCGAGUUCCUAUGUACUCAUCUGUUACUGGUCUUGAGCUGAAGGGUACCGAGGUUGACGCUGACUAUUGGGGAGCCAACCUCGUCUCUCCAGUUCUUUACACCGAUGCAGUCACGCUGGCUUUGACCUCAUCAGACCGCAAGUUCGAUCUUUGCGUUGAACUCGGUCCUCAUUCUCUGCUUUCUCGUCCUACAUCCGAGAUUGUCAAGUCUCUUCCUAACUCACCUCAACUUCCCUUCUUCGCCACAAUGCUUCGGAACGCAGACUCAAGCCAGCAACUCAUGAGCCUCGCUGGAGACUUAGUUCUCAAUGGGAAGCAGUUGGAUCUGGAUCAAGUCAACAAGAUCGCAGGCAAGACUGGGCGUCUUCCCAACCAUCUCCAAGACAACCUGCCAGCUUACGCCUGGGACUAUUCCUCAACGCCGUGGACCGAGCCACGAAACAGUCAGGAGUGGCGAUUCAGGAAGUCGCCACGACAUGAGAUUCUGGGAUCUCGCUGCAGAGGAGUGAAUCCUUCGGCUCCAACAUGGAGGAACAAGGUGUCGAUAGAAGAUGCGCCUUGGCUGGUUGACCAUCAGGUCAACGGUAUUGUGACAUUUUCCUUCACUACCGGCAUUGCGAUGGUCGUUGAGGCCAUGAUGCAGGUACAGGAAGAGAACAAGGAGAUUGACUGGGCGAACCAUUCGUUCGAGCUUCAAGACUUUGUCUUUUCCAACUCCAUCAUUCUCCCUGACGAGUCGCCCAUUGAUCUCUUCCUCACACUCAUCCCAGACAACGAUAAUGCCAAGUCCGAGGAGACGUGGUAUGACUUUACUAUCUCUUCGCUGAGAGGCGAUGUCGAUAUCCGUCAUUGCCACGGCAGAGCUGCAGUCCUCGAAACGAGCAAAGAUAACGUUGCUCUUCGCCGCAGAACCUCGUGGCACCAUAUGCCCCUCAGGGUCCCGUUGAAGAGCUACUACAAGACUCUCGAACGAGUUGGCUACGGCUACGGUCCCAAGUUCCAGCUUCUCAACGAAGUCCGAGUCCGCCCCAGUCUCUCCGCUUGCUCUGCCAAGAUCGAUAUGACAUCCACUGCUCAAUCUCCCGUUCCAGGCCAGCGCUAUCUCCUGCACCCAGCCAUGAUGGAUGCCGCUCUUCAAACACCUGCUUUGGCUAAUCGCUCUGGCUACUUUCAAGAGAUCGAUACCUUACUUCUUCCAUCCAAGAUGAAGAGGAUCUCGAUCCGCAUGCCCGCUGAGAACACGGACGUCGCGUCUUGUACUACCAAUACAUCACCUGUUGGCUUUAGCAGGAUCCAAGGUAGUGUCGAGUGUUAUGACUCGUUAUCGAGGCCUUUCUUUGUUGUUGAAGGUCUACAGAUGGACAGGGCUACGAGUGAUGACAAUACUACCCUCCCUUGGCUGAGACUUACGUGGAAACCUGACAUCGGCGACAUUUCGAGCAGUGACCCUAUGCUCAGCUCCAUCAAGAUCAAGAGCCUCCCCGCGGAGAAGAAGCUCGUCAACCUUGAGAACCUGGUCAAGGAGUUGAUCCCACUCAUCGUUGAGAAUGGUAUCGAGAAGGGCAAAGACUUGGCUCCCCACCUACUCAGCUACCAUUCAUGGUUCCUCGACCAAGCUGAAGCGCACAAAGACCGCUUAGCGGCCCGUCACAAGCAACAAAAUGGCUUCGCAACAGUCCAAGACGCCAUCAUGAACGUCGUUGCCAACUCUGGAAUCUCUCAAACCGUCGACGCAUCAAUCGUAUCCCAACUCGCCAUCAACAUGUCCAGAAUCUUCCGCGGCGAAGUCGAAGCCCUUGCAGUAUGGCUCGAGAACGACCUACUCUACCGCUUCUACGAAGAAAGUAUCUUCACCACCAGCAUGAACCAGAAACUUCUCUCCGUCGCUGAGCUCUUGGCGCACAAGAAUCCCAACAUGAAGAUCCUGGAGAUUGGGGCUGGAACUGGUGGCGCCACUACCGAGUUGCUACGUGGGUUCUCCAAGGCUGGAGGGAAGAAUGCGUACCAGUCUUUUACUUUUACUGAUAUCUCGGCUGGCUUCUUUGAUAAGGCGAAGAAGAAGUUUGCGCAGUGGGAUAGGAUUGAGUUCAAGACUCUUGAUGUUGAGAAGGAUAUUGCUGAGCAGGGAUUUACUGAGAAGUAUGACCUUGUUGUUGCAGCUAAUGUUCUACACGCCACUGCCGAUCUCCCAUUUGCCAUGAAGAACAUUCGAUCUUUGUUGCGCGACGAUGGAUACCUCUUGGUUGGUGAACUUUCAGAGGACUUGACUUCAGCCAACUUCCUCUGGGGACCGUUGACUGGCUGGUGGCUCCGCCCUCGAUCACCCGGCCGCUCUGGCCCUGGUCUUACUCUCGACGAGUGGCGCGACGAGCUCGCUGCCGACUUUGACAGCGUCUCUGAGAUUGAGGCCAAGCACGACAAGAGUGACACUGACCAACUGUCGAGCACUAUCGUCAUGAUGGCUCGAGCUAAGCCCGCUAAUUACACUCCGCCCAAGCCGCUUUCUGAGGAGAAGGUACAUAUCGCUGGAGUCGGUAGCGAUCUGUCCACUCGAGACCACCUUCAGAAGUAUCUCGGCACGCGUGGUAUUUCGGCAAGCUCUAGUACCCUUGAGGACCUUGCUUCGCGAGAAUGGUCUGGGGAGUGGCUUAUCCUCAUUGACGAGACUGAAGGAAGUUUUCUUGCAUCUCUUCAACCAGAGCAAUUGACCGCGUUGAAAUCGUGGCUCACCAAGCCCAUCAAGUGCAUCUGGGUUACCCGCAAGGUAUACCUCGACCCCCAGAACACAACAGGAGGUCUUGUCACUGGUUUUGCACGAACCCUCCGCGGCGAAAACAGUCAAUGCCAGCUGUACACUCUUGACUUGAGCAGUGAUGGCGAUAUCACGGCCAACGUCAUCUACCACGUCUUGGAACGGGCGCAUUACUCUCAUGAUGAUCCAAUCUCCAGGCUGGACUACGAGAUUGCCGAAAAAUACGGUCAGCUCUGGACAUGCAGACUUGUCAAUGACGCCCUGCUUGAGAAUGCUUAUGGUCCUGCUCGAAAGAUGGAUGCCCCCUCGACGCAGGUGGUGAAGGCUCCUCACCACUUGAUCAUGGGAGAGGUAGGAAUUCUGGAGAGUCUGACUAUGGCGCAAGAUGAUGCAUAUACCGCAAUUCCAGAUGGGCAUGUUCUUGUCGAGGUGAAGGCUGUCGGACUUGAUGAACGGGAUGGAUUCAUCGUCCAAGGGUCUCUUCCAGCGACAUCGUUCGGCCGCGAGUGCUCAGGUGUCGUCACAAGUUGCGGCGCCAACGUCGCAUCGUUCAGCCCUGGAGAUCGCGUUGCGGUCAUCGGCCAAGGAACUUUCACAACGCAGUACCUGGCACCUUCAGACUGCUGCAGAAAGAUACCUGACUGGCUUUCAUUCGAGGAUGCGGCGGCCAUUCCUACAAGCUUCGUUACUGCUUUGUACGCGCUGACUACGCCUGCCAGAGUAUCAACAGGACAGAAAAUACUCAUCGUCAACGCAUCUUCCACCCAAGGCGUCGCCCUCAUCAAGAUGGCAACAGCCCUGAAGCUUGACGUCUACGCUGCCAUCAGCGACGCAACCAACAAGCCCAUCCUCACCAGACUCGGACUUCAUUCUGCCAAGAUCUUUGUAAACCCAACCAACACCAGCCGUUCCAGCGUCUCUCGCUCCACGACUUUCCAAGCGUACAAGCUCGUGCUGAACACCAAGUCGGGUCAAUAUCCAGACUUUGCUCAUUUGGUAGCGAACCGUGGAACGUACAUCGAGAUUGCAUCGGGCGAGGCCUCUAGUGAUGAGGUCCAUCUUGCGCCGAAUAAGAAUGUCAUGUUUGCUUCUGUUGAUUUGGCGGAUGCUUAUCAGGAGAGCAAGCAGGAUCUCGGAGACUUGCUUGACCAGGUGAUUGACUUGGUUGAGAGGCGGGAGAUCGACGUUGACACUUCGGCCUCGGUGACUGGACUUGACUCUAUUCAGUCAGCCUUUUCAUCACUUGUAGAGGGUAAUCAGCAAAAGCAGGUUGUAUCACUCACGAAUGUCGACGGUCAGCAAUUGAUCAAAACACGACCCAAGACUUCUCGCUUCAACCCCCACAAGACCUACAUCAUCACAGGCGGCCUCGGUGGUCUAGGCCGUGCCAUUUCAGUCUGGAUGGCUAGCUACGGCGCUCGACACAUUAUUCUGGCCACUAGCUCUGUUGCCCGGGCCUCAGAGUCUGGUGACCUUCUGCAGCAACUUUCAUCAUACGGCUGCAAUGGUAGAGUUGAAGUUUGCGACGUCGGUGACUCCGAGGCUGUCGAGCGCCUCGUUGCUUCCAUCGACACCCCUGUUGGUGGAGUUAUUCACUCUGCCUUGAGACUGAGCGACUGCUUCUUUGAGGACAUCACUCUGGAAGACUUCGAUGCCGUCUUUGGUCCCAAGGUCAAUGGCUCGCUGAACCUCCAUAACAGCCUUCUCAACCAAGACCUCGACUUCUUCGUCAUGCUCAGUUCAGGCUGUGGAGUCUUGGGUAACGAGGGUCAAUCCAACUACGCAGCAAGCAGUACUUUCCUCGACACCUUUGCUCGAUACCGUCAAAGUCUCGGACUCCCUGCAUCGUCUGUCGAUCUCGGAUUUGUCGAGGACGUCGGCAACAUCAGUGAGCGUCCUGAGAUCCAGGCUUCCCUGUUAUCUCGUGGGCUUAGACCCAUUACAGUCCGAGAUGUCCUACGUGUUGUCGAGGGUGCUAUCGCAACGGGUUCGCCCAAGAAUCUCAUCACAGAGUCUACUUACGAUGGCUUCGUCGAGAGUCAGAUUGUUCUCAGCUUUGGCAUGAUCGACAAAGCCACAGCAGAGUACCAGUCUUGGGCGCAAGACGCAAAGUUCGGUCUAUUGCGAUCUCGCGCCGCUGACAAUGCAGCUCUUGACUCCGAUGCUGAUAGUGGCGAGAGUGCAGUCCAAACAGCUGUCAAGGCCUUCCGAAGCACUCUGGGUCGAUUGGGUGAUGCACCUGAAGGCAAAGAGGCAGCUUUACAGCCCUUCGUCUGCACUGCUCUUGUUGCCAAGCUGGCACAAGUACUGUCGAUCAAGGUUGCCGACAUUCAGCCUUCGAGAUCCGCGAUCCAGUAUGGAAUGGACUCGCUUAUUGCGAUUGAGGUUCGAUCUUGGGCGCGAUAUGCGUUCCAGAUUGAUUUGCCUAUUAAUGAUCUGACGAACCCGUAUAGUAUCCAGGAUUUGUCGGCUAGGGUUUCUAGAAUGAUUGUCGGAUGA